CAACUUCUCGCGAGAUUUACGUCUCAGCACUGCAGAGAAAAUGGAAGGCUGUGCUAGCUAGCUAGCUAGCCGAGCGAAUCCAACCGUAACUGGAAAAUUGUCGUUUAUACUGAAGAUACAUGGAGAGACAAGUGAAGUGACACUUUGAAUGUCCUCAUUGGUUGUAGAGCCUUGUUACCUAUGGAUGUCAGUAUGGACCCAGUGGAAGAUAACAGUAUCACAGAUGAUAAUAAUACAGAGGAACAUACGAGCCAAGCAGAAGGGGCAGAGUCGAGUGUUAGGCCGACCCUGUCACAGGUUAAAAAGUCCUGGGGCUUCAGGCGGACAACCAUUGCAAGAAGGGAGUUCAUGGAAGAAGUUGGAGACCUAACACACAGCCCUCCUCUUGUACGGAGAGGCAGAAGUCGUCGAACCAACCAGACACCCCAGACCACUACAGAGACGCGCGCCACCCAGAAAGCUACGUGCACAACUAGGAGCGUUAUAGAUGAUCUCGAGUGGUCUUCUCCAUCCUCGCCUACAUCAGAGGAGAGCAAGUCAGCCUCAGAAGUUUCUGUAGGAGGGAGCCUUGACCCCAGUUUAUGGCAGGAUUUUGGGUCUGCCUUCCACACUGCCUUCUCACUGCUUGGCGGGAAUGAGGGCUUGUCAAUGGCCAUGCCAGAUGCACUGGGAGCCCCUGACAUUUUGGAAGCUACUGAUGCCAUCGAGGCCCUUCCUCCACAGCCAACAGAUGAAACUGAGGUGCUUGAUAAUAUGGAAUCUGCUGAUGACAUGGAAAUUUUGCAGCCGGUUGCUCCUGACAAUGCUGCAGGAGGAGAAACAGAUGAAGCUGUGUUGAUCUCUAGUCAAGAAGAGGACAGUGAUGAAAUGACUCUGAUACAAAUUAAGGAGCAGCUGGCAUCUAAAGCCAGGCAGGGAGACACAAGAGCUAGAGGGGGAAAGGGUGGAAGAGGAAAGGCCAGAGGAAGGGGUAGAGGCAGAGGAAGAGGUAGGGGAAAAGGGAGGGGAAGGGGCAGAGGGAGGGGCAGGGCAGUGGAGCUUCAGUCAGGCAUUACAGAUGAUGUGGACGAUGAUGAGGUGAUGUUUGUUAAUGCAUCUGAACAGCAGCAGCAGUUGCAAGAGGAGGAAAUUGAUCCACACAGUUGUGCUGAAAUAGAGAUAUCACCUGCUCACUCUCAUAUCACCCUGAGUCCUGCACAGCAAUCAAGCUCAGAUUGCAUAAUCAUAGACACUGAUUUAGACCAGAUUACUGAUGUAACCCCUGGCCAGUAUGAUGAUGCACCAGAGGAGGAGGAGGAGGAGGAGGAAGAGGAGGAGGAGAAGGAGGAGAAGAAAGACGAUAAGAAUGCAGAAGAGUAUUCAAGCAUAUCGGACACUGAAGGUUAUGACUCCAAUGGUCUGUACUGCAUCUGCCGACAAAAGCAUAAUAAAAGGUUCAUGAUCUGCUGUGACAGUUGCCAGGAGUGGUUCCAUGGCGACUGCGUUGGUAUCAGUGAGACACAGGGCCGUAAAAUGGAGAAGAAAGGGCAAGAGUAUAUCUGCCCCCCCUGCACGACCAAGAAGCAACUUCAGUCUGAGCCUUAUCCUCAGCCAGAGCCUGAGCCUGGCUUUCCUGAAUGCGUGACACUAAGUCCUUCUGGUGAAGAAGGGGAGGGGCGUGAGGAACAGCAAGCCCUCAAGGAGACUGUGGUGGAGGUGGAGGAGGAGAGGGAGGAGGCUCCUGUGAUGAGGCCAGAGCCUGAACCAGAAGCUGAGAUGGAGACAGACAGCUCUCUUCCCCUGUGUAUUGGACCCAGGUGCUCCAAACAAGCCCUACCGGACUCUGUUUACUGUGGCACUGACUGCAUCCUUCAGCAUGCUGCCGUCACUAUGAAGACACUUUCUGGCCCUAAGGUGCCCAAGUCCAGAGGACGGACACAGAGAAAAGUUGCCACUGCCAGACCCACUGCAAAGGGUCAGCGGUUGGGUAGGAUGUCUAAGAGGUUAGCAGGAAAAGCUGAGGAAGAAGGUGAAGAGGAGGACAUAAGGGAAGAUGAUGGAGGAAAUAAGGAGGCUGCAUCUCCAUUAGCCUGUGACCCCAGUCUCACAGAAGUUCAGGCUACUUCCAUACCAUCAUCUAAGUUAUACACAGCGUCUAAAAAGGACAGUGAACAGGCAGAGGCUGACACUGAGACUGUAACUCCUUCAAAAAAAUCUCCAGAGGACACCUCUACUGAUGCUGGUCCCUCUUCCCAGCAUGUCACUGAACCAGCCCCACCACGAAGAGACUCUCAAGAAAAAGCAAAGGAGCCAGUAAACAGUGGUGCGUCUAAGCAACAAUCUGCAGAAUCCGAUCCCUCGAUACAACCCACCCCAGCAAAAUCUCGUCUGUCUCCAACCACCCCAGCACACAGACAUCAUGAAACUGGGGCCCUUAUGGUCACUAAGACCACAUACGUCAUACCAAAGAAGCAGUCUGGACCUCAGCCUCCGUCCGUUACAGCCUCAGCAUCAUGCCAGAAGUCUUCUUCAGCCCCCACACUGCUGAGCGAAACCCGAAACUUGCCGGUGCCUCCUGCACCAAGUGCUCCUUCCUCCAGACCCUCUCAGCCCAACAACCAGGUCAGACAGAGCAUCCAGCGCUCCCUCACCAGCAUCCUGUUCAAAAGGGUGUGUGAUUGUGAGGAUUUGGAAAUGUCUGAGAGUGACUCCGCAAAGCUUGUGGCAAACAUUGAGAUGGAGAUGUUCGACAUAUUUCGCAACACAGACAGCAAAUACAUGAACAAGUACAGAACUAUAAUGUUCAACCUAAAAGACUCAAGAAACAAGGGCUUGUUGUAUCGGGUGGUACGUGGUGAAAUCAGUCCCUUCAGACUGGUCAGGAUGAGCCAGAAGGAUAUGCAGGCUACCAAGGCACCAGAACCAAGUGCAAAAGAAACACCAGAGGUUAAGGAUGCAGGUGCUAAAGCAACAACUUUGCCACAGAAGCCUGAAGCAGUGAAGGUUGAUCUUCCCAGUUUGAAUCCUCCAAGACCCGAUAGAAGAUCCAACAAAAAAUCUGACAGCACGGGUGCUGCCCAGGAACAGAAGAGAAGUCUUCCUUCUCCUGCUCUCAAAACCAGAACAAACCCGCCAAGCCAGGGCAGCACUACACCAGAUAUUCUCACCUGUAUGCUUAAGGACACAACAUCAGAGCACAAAGCUCACCUCUUUGACCUGAAAUGCAAGAUAUGCACAGGCCAGAUAAUAGCUGGGGAGGAGGAGGAACCCGCAAAGAAAAAGACCAAGAUUUCUGGAACAAGAGAUAAGCAUGAACCCACUUGGAGAAAGUCUGCAGGAAAUGAUUCCCCUCUCCGGGCGCCACCUGACUCACCUGACAUGGAUUCUCCAACAUCUGCCCUAAUGGAUCCCUCAUCCCGCCUUAUCAUUGACUCUCCGACAUUGACUAUUGUAGAAUCCCCUGCUUCCCCCAUAAUGGAUUCUCCAGCCUCCCCUACUUUAGAGUCUCCUGCUUCCCCCAUCACAGAGUCCCCUGCAUCUCCAACUCCAGACACUACUAAUGCUACUACACCAAAGAGAGCAUAUACACCAGUUGUGAUUCCAGCUGUCUCCACUGUAACCAUCACAAGACGCGAUCCCCGAACUGCAGCAAGCAGGUUCUCUGCUUCGUCUAGUAGCACCUCUGGUCCCAGUAACACAGCCCAUAACCAAUCAGCCCCUUAUGCCCCUCUUAAAGAGACUAGCACUGCCUUGCCCUCUGUACCAGCGUCCUCAAUGCCACCAACAAAAACUUUACCUAAAUCUAUCCUAAUGAAGCCAUCUUCCUCAGCAGAUCCCAGACUCUAUGGCACAUCCUCAAGGACUGUGAUCUCUGAAUCACCAACCGAUGGUGAGACUGCUCAGUUCCUGGCUAAGCAAGAGUUACUGUGGAAAGGCUUCCUAAACAUGCUCACUGUAGCCAAGUUUGUCACGAAGGGAUAUCUGGUAUCAGGAUCUGCUGAAAACCUUAAAGCGGAUCUACCUGACACCAUACAAAUUGGGGGAAGAAUCAUGCCUGAAACAGUAUGGGACUAUGUUGCAAAACUAAAGACCUCUGUUACAAAGGAGUUAUGUGUGAUCCGGUUUCACCCUGCAACAGAGGAGGAAGAGGUGGCCUAUGUCUCCCUGUUUUCAUAUUUCAGCAGCAGAGGUCGUUUUGGUGUUGUAGCCAAUAGCAGCCGUUCCAUCAAGGACGUAUACCUUGUCCCACUCAGUGCAAAGGAAUCAAUUCCAUCCAUACUACAACCUCUUGAAGGGCCAGGGCUGGAAAAAAACCGGCCCAAUCUUCUCCUGGGUCUGGCAAUCAUCCAGAAGGCAAAACGACCAGGAAGCUUGCCACAGGAAAUUGAUGAGAAGAGACCCAAAGUUCAUAUGUCAAAAGACCCUAUGUGGAUCCCAAAACCUCCAGUCCUCUAUGGCUCUGACAAAUUGGAGAUAUUCCAACCAUAUGAUCCAGAGACUCCUGCAAGUAGCUCCCCUCCUGGUUCACCAUCUUGCCCUGGGUCACCAUCAGAUUCUUCAUCUUCUGGAUCAGUUACUGUACCAUCUCUUUUGACUUCCAUGAGAGCAACUCCUCCUGUUUCUACCUCAGCUGUUGUUGCUGCCACUCAGUCCACCUCCAAUAGCAUCUCUGACAAGAAUCCAACAACAGCAUCCAGUAAUAAGACACCACUUCAGACUAUCCUGAAGACUUUGUUUGGCAAUAAGCAAACUGACUCCCCAGUCUCUCCUGAUGGAAGUUCUGCAACAACAACAGUAAGUGCUAAGAAGAUCCCAGUGUUGGUGGAUCCAAUAGUCCAACAAUAUGGACAGAAAUCCAAAGUCAAAGAUAUAGAAGAAGAGGAAAAUGACUUUGACCGACCAUAUGACCCAGAGGAGGAGUAUGAUCCAGCCGUGGGAUAUGGAAUAGUUUCUCCACAGAAAAUACAAAAAAUUAAGAGAGAUCGCCCUGCAUUAUCAGGCUUUGUGGAAGAUGAUGUAGCCUAUGAUCCAGAGGAUGAGACUAUCUUUGAAGAUAUUCAGAGUGAUACUGUUGUAACAAAGGCCCCUGUUCCAACUCAAACAUCAGAUUCCCCAUCAUGCCAAAUGCCACUUUCCACCCAGGUUGUAACACCAACUGCCACUGCUACUCCAGUGCAAACUUCUACCCCAGCUGCAGUAAUGCCAAAACUUCCUACUGGCACUGUGGUUGUCUCAGCUGCAACACUGACUGAACAACAGCGCAUGCUUGAGGAGCUCAAUAAGCAGAUUGAAGAGCAAAAACGGCAGUUGAAGGAGCAGGAAGAGGCACUACGUCAACAGAGAGAGGCUGUGGGUAUGUUCAUGGCUCACUUUUCUGUUUCUGAUUCCCUGAUGUCUCCACCAUCAAAAUCUUUGCCCCUCAGUCAACUGUCAUCUCUGCAGAAUGGCAUAAUGCAAACAGAGUCAAGGCCUUCAGAAUCAUCAGACAAGACCAGCAACCCUACAGAGACUGUGGACAAAUCAAAUGUGGAUUCACAAUCUGUUAAGCUGGAGGACACCACUGCUAUCCCUACUUUAAAAAAUGACACAGAUACUGUUAGAGAGCAGGAUGAAACACAGGAAAAUGCUGAGACUAGUGAGAAGUAUUCCUCCGCUGGAGAGAUCGAAGAUUCUGAUGUAGCCUAUGACCCUGAGGACGAAUCACUUUUUAAUGAUUUUCAAGAGGAUGUAUUUCAAGGAGGCAGUAUAAAGACACAUGAUUCAUCAGGGCAUAGUUCCAGCCGCAAAGGUGCUCUUCCAAAUUCAUACCACAGCAGAAAGCGGAAGCCCUCACCGAAGAGGCGGAGUCAUCGUGAAAGAGACUGCCAUAGAAGUCCUUCAAGAAGGUCAGGGCGGCGUUCCCCCUCACAUUCCCGGAGACGUAGAGAAAAGGAUAAACACAGAAGAAGUGAAAGGGAAAGGUCAAGGCAUAGAGGUAGAAAUCAGUCUGAACGCCAUGGUCGCCAUCGUAAAGAGCAUACUACACACCGACAUUCUCGAUGCCGUAAAAGAUCCCCAUCAUCUCCUGGAAAAAAAGAUUCUGUGUCCCUUUCACCAAAUCAGCACAGAGGACCGUCCCCUCAAGUCCUUGAGAAAGAAAAAAAUGCAAGAGUUCUGUGUAUUGCUCCAGACUCUGUUGUUGGACAGUUUGUAGAGAGUAGCACACCAUCAUCUACACCAGUUAUUAUAAAAAAUGACCCUGACGGACAUCAAUUAAAAUUUAAUCUUGCUGAGAACCCUGAUAAAGACUUUUCGCCCCGUUCACAUGAACUUCUUCACAAUGUGGAGCCUGAGAUUUCAGAACCACCAAAAACCCAGGACCUUCAAAGAAAUACAGUCGGUGGUUCUUCUACACAAGUGGAUAAACCCUCUCAACUGGAAACUCUGAUUAAAAACAAAAUUGAAAGUACAGUCCCUCUAAGAGAAAUUGACCCGCCUAUUCGAGAUUCUCCUCAGAGCCCUGAUCCAGAACCACAGUUCUUGAAACCUAGUAAUAUAGAAGAGAGUGACUCUGUCAAGACUGAGGAAAUCAGUGAUCCUGACACAAAUAUCAGUGUCUCAAUGCCAUUGGUUGAAGUUGAAAAUAAUACUCUGCCUAUUGGUAGUCAAGCAACAAUUGCCAAUAUUUUGUGGCCUACUGUGGGAAGCCCAGUAUCAAAUGUUAGAAAUUUGAAUUUUGGAGCCCUACAUCUACAGGGCCCAGGUGUCAGAGAUCAAUGUAUGACAGAGGUAGACAAACAGUUAGAAGUCUUAAUGCAUCCAGAAAUGAUAGGUCAAGGGGGAGGACAUUCAAAGCUAACCAGAGCCUCAGAUAUUCAGGGCUCAGGACCUGAAAUAGACCCUGUGACAAUGCAUCCAAGGAAUCCAGGACAAGAUAUGAAUGCACCUGACCAUAGUAGACAACAGAUAGAGCUAAGAGAAACAGGAAUUAGAUUCCCAGGGCCUGAUAUGAGAGGUCCCGGCAUGCAAGGCAUGAGCCCCAAUAUUAGGGGUCCUGGACCACACAUACAAGACCAAAGGAUGGGGUUGCAGAGUUCAGAGCCAAAUAUGAGAGAACCAGGUAUUCAGCAUGUCAAUACUCAUAGAAUUGGUUCAGGGCCAGUCAUGAGAGGUUCAGGGAUGAGAAAUCCAAUACAAGAUGCUGAAAGUUCUAGAAUGCAAGGCAUGAACUCAGAAGUAAAAUGUCUAGCCGUUGAUAUGAGACACAGUGAACCAGAAAUUAGAGGACAAAAGCUUGUACCAGCUGCUAAAAAUUUACAUAUGGGAGAAUCAGGCCUACACAGGGAGAGGAGAGAUCCAAUCACAACAGGCCCUUCAUCAGACAGAUGUGGGCCUGCCAUAAGAAGCUCAGAGUCAAGGGACUCGUUAUCAGCUAUGUCUCAUCAAAGUCCAGAUACAAGGGGGCUGAUUGUAGUUGAUGAGAUAAGAAGUCGAGAUGUUAGUUGUCCACAGAAAGGUUUAUUGUGUCUAAAGACAGAGGAGCAGAGAUCACAGCCAGAAAGCCAAGAUGGAAAGCCAGCUAUGAUGGAAAUAGGGAGAGAUCAAUCUUUCAGGGGUCCACUGAUAGACGUUAGGGCUCCGGAUAUUAAAGAAAGAGGUAGAGCCCAAAAAGAUAGAGGUGAAAGUCCACAUACUGGGGGUGUGAGAUCUGCUAUGACGGGUGGAGGUAUAAGAGAUCCGAGUCCAGAUAUAAGAAGUUCAGGUCCAUCUCUCAGGGACUCAAGAAGACUGCAAAGGCAAUCAAGACAUGAUGGCAGUCCAAUUUUAGAAGAAAGGGGCCACCAGAAAGGGGGUUUUCAUCCACAUGGAAGAAAUACAGACUUGAGCAGGGUGGUUCGAGAAAGGAGUUUUGAUUCAAAUGCAUCUACAGAGGGUAGAGUUCUAAGAACAGAUAGACUAUCCCCAUCAGUAACAGAUGAAAGGCCGGGCCCACAAAAAGGGCGAGAUGCACUCAUAACAGAACAAAGGCCCAACAUAAAUUUUGAAAGUUGUGUGUCUAACAUGUCCUGUAGUAGACGGGACAGUAUCGGGCCUGGAGAACAAUUCAAGGAGCCACAGAAAGAUAUUAGGGCUGAAAGGAGUUUGUAUGGCCUGGACAUGGGAGAAUCAGAAACUAUGCAUGACCCAAGAAGGCAAGAUAUGACAGGAAGAAGUUAUAUGGGUCCUGGUCAAGAUAUGGAUAGUAUGGUUGGGUCAGGUACAAGGGGUGAUAGAAGUGAGUCGCAUGCAAGGAGUUCAAGCAGAGACGUUGGAGAAACAGGCCCAAAUAGGAGGGAUGCAGACAUGCAAGGAAGAAAUAUACAAGGUUCACGGUUAGAGAGUAGAUAUGAUCAAAUAGGUCAAGAGGACAGAGGUCCCAUGCUAAACAUUACAAAUCCAGAUUGGAGAGGUCCAGGACCAGGUGUUGUUGGUCCUGAUAUGAGGGGUCGUAGGAGUCAAAAUAAAAAUUUGGGACCACAUUCGAGGGAUCCGGAUUGGAGUGGUCCAGAAUCAGAUGUAAGAGAUGAUUGGAGAGGGCCAGAUAGGAGAGGAUUGGGUUCAGUUAGAGGAAGGGCAUUUAUGCAAGAAGAAUGGGGGGUCCAUCAGCCUGAUAGAAGAGGUCCAAACAUGGAGAGGCAGGAGCCUGAAAGAGGACCAUGGGGUCCGGAUUUCUUGGCACCAGGGCCUGAAAGGAGAGGGCCUGGUAUGGAGGUCCCAAUGCAUGACAGGAGAGGACCAGGAGGUCCAGAAUUCAGGAGACCAGAGCCUGAAAGGAGAGGUCAAACUGUGGACAAUCCAGGACCUGGCAUGAGAGGACCAGGUGUUGACAGGAGAGGUCUAGCUUUGGAGGGUCCUGGAACUGAAAGGAGGGGAUCUGGGGGUCCACCUUUCAGAGGGCUAGGACCUGAGAGGAAAGGCCCACCUAUGGAAGCUCAAGGACCAGCAGGUUCAGAUUUCAGGGGACCAUGGCCUGAAAGGAGAGGUCCAGCUAUGGAGGGUCCUGGGACUGCCAGGAGAGGACCUGAGGGUCCAGAUUUCAGAGGAACAGGACCUGAAAGGAGAGGUCCAGCUAUGGAGGGUCCUGGACCUGGCAGAGGAGGACCUGUAGGUCCAGAUUUCAGCGGACCAGGGCCUGAGAGGAGAGGUCCAGCUAUGGAGGCUGCAGGACCUGACAGAAGAGGACCAGGAAAUGCAGAUUUCAUUGGACCAGGGCCUGAUAGGAGAGGUGCUGCUAUGGCUGGUCAGGGGAUUGACAGGAGAGAGUUAGGAAUUCCCAAUUUUACUGGGCCAGGACAUGAAAGGAGAGGUCCCUCUAUUGACAGUCAAGAGACAGACAGGAGAGGACCAGGAGGUCCAGAUUUCUGGGGACGAGGCCCUGAAAGGAGAGGACCAGGAGGUCCAGACAUAAGAGGGCCUGGCUGUGAAAGGAGAGGUCCCUCUAUGGAAGGUCAAGAAAUUGACAGAAGAGGACCAGGAGAUCAAAAUUCUGGUGGACUGGUUCCUGACAAGCGAAGACCAUAUAUGGGGGGUCCUGGGCCUGAGUUCAUAGGACUGGGGCCUGAAAGAACUGGUCCAAGUUUGGAAGAUGCAGGUCCUCACAGUCACGGACAGGGAGGACCACACUUCAGGGUUCCUGGCCCUGAAAGGUGGCAUCCAAAUAUGGAGGGACCAGGGCCUGACAGGAGUGGGCCAGGAGGUCCAAACGUGAGGGGAAGGGGGCUUCAACGGUCUGGUCCUAAUAUAGAGGACACAGGGCCUGACAGGAGACAUCCAGAAGGUCCAAAUUUCAGGGGACUUGGGGCAAAAAGAAGACCUCCAGAUAUGGAGACAGAAAACAGCAGGAACUUUCCAGGAGACCCACAGUUCAGGGGUCCUGAGCCAGAAAGAAGACCUCCAGAAAUGAAGGGCCCAGAGUUUGAUAGAAGAGGUCCACACUUUAGAAGAGUGGGGCUUGAAAGAACUGUUAUGGAGGGUCAAGGUAAAGCUCCAACAGGUCCAGAUUUUCGAGGAACAGGUUGUGAAUUCAGAGGUCCAGACAUUGAGAGCCCAGGACCUGACAGGAGAGAAUCGGGAGGCUCAGGCCUCAGGGAACCUGGGCCUGAAAGGAGAGGUCCAGAUAUGGAGGGACCAGGACCUGACUGGAGAAGAUCAGGUGGUCCAGACUUAAGAAGCCCAGGCAUCAGGCAGAGAGGUCCAAAUACACAAGGUCUAAGACAUGAUAGAAGAGAUGACUGGGGAGGGGCUGACUAUGGAGGGUCAGAACCUAUCCAGGAAAGCCCAGAUAUAGAGGGCCCAGCACCUGAUAGAAUGGGUCGAAACUUGAGGGGUCCAAGGCCUACGAGGAGAAACAUUAAAGGACCAGGGUCAGAUAUGCGUAGUCUAAAUCGGGGAGACAGAUGGGAAGUCACAGACACAGAAGAACAAUGGUCAGAUGGAAGAGGACCCAAUAUGGAGGUUGCUGGGAAUGAAAGAGAAUAUUUAGAAGAUCAUUGGGAAAAGCAUGGCAACAGGGCUCCAGAAGAGCAGGGCCAAGAAAGCAGGCAAGGUCUAUAUAGUGAAUGGAGGGGCCCUGGAGAAAGAGGGCCACCACCUAGACAGGAAAGACCAAAUAUGAUAUUUCCUGGGCUUGUGAGGGGUCCAGGAGAUGAUUGGGGUGGUCCUCUCCAAGAUGAUCCAGAUAUGAUGUGCCAAGGGCGAGGGCCAAGGGGAGGACCUGGAAAUGAAUGGAAAGAGCCUUAUAUAGGGGGUGCUGGGCCAAACAGAAGGGGACUAGGGGAAUUUUUCAGAGGGGAAAGAGAUCCGGAUAGUAGAGGACAAGGCAAUGAUAGAAGAGGUCCACGCAAUAGAGGACCAGGAUCAGAUGUGAAAGGGGGUCCAGAUACAGCAAAUGAGUGGAGACAGCCAGACUUCAGGGGGAAUAUGAGAGGGCCAAACAUGGAAGGACCUGGUGCUCAUGGGGGAGGCCCAGAAUUGAUUAAUUCAUGCCCAAAAAGGAGAGGAUUUGAGAUGGAAGGUCUUAAUAGAAUAAACUCAGGAUGUCCAGAUUUAAGACGCCCAGGGCCUGCAAACAGAAUUUCAAACACUGAGAGUCCAGGGAUUGAUGGGAGGUUUUCAGAUUGUGGGGGUCUAGGAUCUGAAAGGCGAGUAGCAGACAUGGAAGACUGUGGACCAGGUCGACAUGGCUUUGUGCAUGAUAUUAGAAGGGAAAGAAAAGGUCCAGACAUGAGAAGACUGGGGCCUGAUAAAAAUCCAGAUAUAAGACAUGGGCCUGGUAGGUGGGAUACAAACGAGUUUCCUGGGUCUGAUAGAAGAGGUCCAGAGAUGAUGGGUGCACGUUUAGACUCAAGGGGAUCUGAGCCAGCCAUGAAGAACGACAUGCAAGCUAUGAGAUAUUCAGAUAAAUCUGCAUCACUUCAUUUUAGUAGUGCUCGUCAGGCUACCAGAUUCCAAGGCCCUAGUGAUCGAAAUUCUGGACAGUUCAAUGAGCCCCCAGGUCCAGCUCGACCUCCAAACAGUGGAGGAAAAUGCCCAGGUUUUGACAGCCCACAAAAUCAACAAUCAGCAAAACCCCAGAGACAAAGAGCUGCCUUACUUCCCACUCCAACAGAAGGUCUCAUACGCUUCCCAAAUCGUAUGAUCAACAAUCCUGAUGUCUUCAGCCCAAAACAAAAACAAAUGGGUUACUCUACAGACAGAGAAUGGAGUAGAGGUAGACCAGUGAGUCGAAAAAGAGCUUUAGUCCAAGGGCAAAGAGAGGAACAGGAGAAAAGUCCUGCUUGUAAAAUAAGCACAUCUGUAGAUGCGUACACAGGGGUUGGAAAAGAAAAAAGGGAUGAGGGCAAUGAAACUGAUAAACAGAAGAUUUUUGGUACGUGUGUAGAAACUAAAACCAAUCAAAGUAUGAAUAGUGAUGGAAAUAAAAGCAAUGUUGAGCCGAGUUAGAGACAAGGCAAAAAAUCAUAACACAUGGGCCCCUCAGGACAGUAAGGCUGCUGAAUUAGACCUGCAAAAAUACUUAGUAUAAUCACAUUGGAUAGAGAUACUACAGCAUAACACACACUGAAUGUAUUUUUCGCAAUGAAAGUGGUUGUCCAUGUCUUGUUCAGAUUUCAACAUGAUCUACAGUCAAAGCAAUGCAAGAUCAGACAUUGUAGCUUGAUAUGGAAAUGCUCAGAGGUAUUUGAGUUAGUUAUGUUUUAGUUCUGUCUUGUGUUCAAAGUAAAUGCAUUUAUUUUUGUUAUUUGAUUAGGACUAAAUGCCUCUUAAACUUAAUUGAUCACCUGUAAAUUAAACUCAGUGUGCAUUUCUAUUUGGAAAUAGAGAUGUUUUGUACAGAAAAUGUACAGUUUUUGUUUCUUUGUUUUUUAACAUAGCCAUAGUGUCAGUACAGUAACCUUGAUCUGGCUUUUAUGUUACUCUGCUGAUAAAAGAUAGCUUGUUUAAAGUCAAUAAAAUGA